GCUUUGCCUUUGGACAGAAAAGUGAUACGCUCGCCUCUCUUUCCCCGCUCUCCUGACAACACAUACAACUCCUUUCCAUUUGCCAAAUUUUUGAGCCAGAAACCUGCAAAAAUAGAUUACUCACUUGCACGUAACUGCUGCAUCGUCCUGUGCAAGCGAAACUGGGAAUCGGUUUCGGGACACAUCCAGGGUACUGAAGAACGUGAAUAACCCGGGUGACUUGGCAUUCGUCGACACCAACGAGAGCUUUUACGUUUCCAUACAAGCAGAGGAUUAUCAGCCCUGUGAGUCCUGUUUGAUUUUCCAGGACGGGAUUCAGCUUUCCUUGGAAAGAAGAGAAGCCUGAAAAGAGGCUCAAUCCAAAAAGUAGCUGGAAAUGCUCGACUAAUGAAGAAGAAAUUAAAUUCUGUAUUAGGAAGCCAAAGCACAGUAAUGGCAGGCGGAUUAAAUGCCAAUCGGGAAUCAUCUCCCAACCGUGUUUGCCGAGAUUUCCUUCGCAAUGUUUGCCACCGCGGCAAAAGGUGCAAAUAUCUUCACGAAAGGUCAGAGGAUGCGCCAGUCGACGAGUAUACGUUUUGUCACGACUUUCAAAAUGGCAUGUGCAAUUGGCCCGGCUGUAAGUUUCUUCAUUGCACGGAAAGUGAGGAGAAACAUUUCAGAUCCACGGGGGAAUUGCCGGGGCAUAUUCUCACCAGGCUGAAAAGCAUCAGCGAAAAGGAAUUGCCGAUUUGCAAAGACUUUGUCAAAGGCAUUUGUGAAAGGGUCAAUUGCAAAUUCAGGCAUUACAAGAAAGAUGAACCACAAAUCAAUAUGAUCCCGGUUUCACAAAUGAAUCCGCCAAGACCUCAGCACAAUUUUAAUUGUCCUAGCAUUGGAGAGAAUCGCAGAUUUGAAGAAGAUCGAAGUUUUCACUGGCCGAUUGAAGAUCAUGCAAUGAUCGCAACUAAUGGAUACAGUGCUUCCCCACAUCCUCCUGAUUAUAUGGGACCUCCAGAACCAAAAAGAAGAUUAGUCUCUGGCGAAGCACUUUUGCAUUUUGAAACAUCACAUCUGCUUGGACAACAUCCGGCUCAGCCUGUAACUUCAGGUUACUAUUAUCCAGUAAUACCUAGAAAUGAAGCCAGAGCCAUUGUUCUAGAAGAUGAAAAUGCUCUUUUGAGAAAAAAGAUUGAAGAACUCAAAAAACAGGUGAGCGACUUGACAGCAACUAACGAGUUUCUGCUGGACCAGAACGCUCAGUUGCGGAUGAAUGGAAAGCGAACAGCGAACGUGACUGCCGUUACGGUUCCGGCAGUUACAAUAACAAAUACGGUUCCGCCGUCGCAGGCACCGACGCCUCAGCAAAUGGUGAAUGCCGCCGUGGCUGCCGGCACCCUUCGAACCGUCACAGCAAGUGUGGCCACAGUUCCAGUCAGUCUAGCGACGGUCGCCCCCGUUUCCAUAUCCGCCGUCUCCAUGGCUCCAGUUUCCAUCCCCCCGCCGAUUGUCACCAUGGCCCAGCAGACCAUCACCAUGAGUGGCUCCGGGCCCCAGCAGACCAACCAACCACCAAAUAAUCAGCAGUCUGCGAGUUUGCCCCUCUCAAUAUCCGGACCAACGGCUCCCUUAGUUUCUUAUCCAAUCAUGACCCAGGAACUCAGGCCAGUCCUCCAAUAAAUUUUUAUUCUCGAAAACAAAAAGAACCUGUCAGCAGGGUUCGUAUUUCAAUGAUUGUUUUGUUUGCCAAGGAGUGUUUUUUUUUUAUUCAUAAUAUUUUUUAAAUUGUGAAAGAAUAUUUGGCCAGUUUCGAGAAAAAAGUCUCGGGUUUGUGGUUGAAAGGUUGCGGGUUCGAUUCUCGCUGUCUACAUUUUUUGAAGAAUUUUUUAAGGGUUUUUAAUUAUUCGAGUGUUGAAGUAUUCAAUUGAUUUUUCUUCUUUUCGUACUUUCUUUCACGAGAAAAUUUAAUUUCUGUGAAUUUUAUUAAUUUUACCAUUUUUUUUUGUAUUUGCUAUGUAUGCUUUAAAUUGAGAAUAUAAAUGUGCAUUUUAAUAUUUAAAAUUCAAAGAAAAACAUAGGAAAUAGGAAUUACUAUAUUUUUAAAUUAUAAUUGAGAAUGUUUUUGAGAAUUGGUCGCACUUUGAAAAUUCCCUGUCCCAAAUUCGAAUUUGUUUGAAUUAAAAAAUUCUGUUUUUUUUUUGCAAAUAAAAAUUUGUUAUAAUUUGAAGUUAUAUUUUCCAGAUUUUAGCAAAAGGGCUAGAUUAAAACUGCGAAUUUUCGUAAAGAACUAUCAUUUUACUUGGAAACGGGAAUUCAUGAGAUGCAAUGAGAAUUUUGGAAAAGAAUUUUUUUAAAUUCCCGUUCCAAGUAAGAAUUCGUGAUAAUUUGAACAUUCGGAAAAAAGAAAUUACUAUAUUUUUAAAUUAUAUUAGAGAAUGUUAUUGAGAAUUGGUCACACUUUUAAAAUUCUCUGUCCCAAAUUCGAAUUUGUUUGAAUUUAAAACUUCUGUUUUUUUUUGCAAAUAAAAAUUUGUCAUGAUUUGAAGUUUUAUUUUUUUAAUUUUAGAAAAACGACUAUAUAUUAAAACUGCGAAUUUUCGUAAAUAACUAUAAUUUGACUUGGAAACGGGAAUUUAUUACAUGAAAUGAGAAUUUUGGAAAAGAAUUUUUUCCUUAAAUCCCCGUUCCAAGUAAGAAUUUGUCACAAUUUGAAAAUUCGGAAAAAAGAAAUUACUAUAUUCUUUAAUUAUAAUAGAGAAUGUUGUUAAGAAUUGGUCACACUUUAAAAAUUUCCUGUUCCAAAUCAGAUUUUUGUUUGAAUUAAAACAUUAUUUUUUUUUUGCAAAUAAAAAUUUGUCAUGAUUUCAAGUUUGAUUUUCUAAAUUUUUGAAAAACGACUAUCUUAAAACUGCGAAUUUUCGUAAAUAACUAUAAUUUUACUUGGAAACGGGAAUUUAUGACAUGAAAUGAGAAUUUUGGAAAAGAAUCUUUUCUUUAAAUCCCUGUUCCAAAUAAGAAUUUGUCAUAAUUUGACAAUUUGGGAAAAAGAAAUUACUAUAUUUCUAAAUUAUAAAAGAAAAUAUUGCAGAUUAAUAUAAUUCGGAUAAUAAUAAAAAUCAUUCUGAUUCUGAAAGAAUUAUAACCAGAAAUAAUUUUGAUUAAGAUUUACAUAACUGAAAUUUACUAACAAAAAAAUCUGUUCCAAGUCAGAAUUGGUCACAUUCCGAAAAUCCUCCGUCCCAAAUCAGAAUUUGUUUGAAUUUAAAAAUUCUGUUUUUUUUUGCAAAUAAAAAUUUGUCAUUUGAAGUUUUAUUUUCCAGAAUUUAGCAAAAGGGCUUUAUUAAAACUGCGAAUUUUCGUAAAAAACUAUAAUUUGACUUGGAAACGGGAAUUUAUGACAUGAAAUAAAAAUUUUUUCUUUAAAUCCCCGUUCCAAGUAAGAAUUCGCCACAAUUUGAAAAUUUGGAAAAAAAAAUUACUACAUUUUUAAAUUAUAAUCGAGAAUGUUAUCGAGAAUUGGUCACACUUUGAAAAUUUCCUCUCCCAAAUAAGAAUUUCUUUGAAUUUAAAAAUUCUGUUUUUUUUUUAUGCAAAUACAAAUUCGUUAUUUGAAAUUUUAUUUUUGUGAAUCUAGCGAAAAGACUAUAUUAAAACUGUGAAUUUUCGUAAAGAACUAUAAUUUGACUUGGAAACGGGAAUUUAUGAUAUCAAAUGAGAAUUUUGGAAAAGAAUUUUUCUUUAAAUCCCUGUCCCAAUUAAGAAUUCGUCAAGUUGGAAGAUAUAUUUUUCUGUUCCAUGAGAUCGGCGAACCAAUUUUAAAGCCGUUUUUAUCAGAACUGGUCAAAUAUUGGAUCCCAGAAAUUUCACAAUUUAAAAAUGUACACAGUUUAUGAAUAAAAAAAAAAAUUAAAAGUAAUUGGCACUCGCUUGUGAGAAGCUAGAUUUCCUCUUUGUGAUUUUCGCGAUUGACUUAUCGUUGAAGCGAUCUGCCAUGUUUGCUUAUUUUUGAUUAUUUUUACUAUUUGUGGUUCAA